AUGGAGGAAUGCAUGAUGCUGGUUGGAGCUGGUAUUGUGGUCGUUGGCGGGUGUAGUGGUGUAGUGUUGCUGGGUGGAGGUGGUACUCGUAAUGGUGGUUUGCAGGUGGGAGGUGAUGGUUCCCUGUGUUGUUGGUGAUGUGGCAUUUCUGAGAAACCUGCUUGUUUUCAGGUUUCGCGGGAUGUGAAGUGGUUUUGGGGCGCUUCGGUUGAUGUUUGGUGUUUGACUUUGGUGUUGUUUAGCAUUUGGAUGAUGGUUUGUGAGUACUUGCGAUAUGGAUGAUAGUGCUAGACAACUCCUGUGGGAGAUUGUCGUUUAGUUUUGUGGAAAGUGAUGAGAUUUGCCCAUCAAUUUUGGAUGAUUCCUCUGAGUGGUCCUCUGGACCCAGGGUUGAAUGCUGAUGUUGAGGCCAGCGGGUGCGGUGUGGUUUGUGAUGUGUUUGUUGAGAAUGGUCAACUGUCGUUGAUGGUCAUUCUUGCGGUGAUGGAGUUCAACAAGUUUAUUGAACAUGGUGGUUGUGUUAUUGGAAGUGAUAGGUGGUUGAGGUGUGGUGGUGGUGAUUUAGUGUGUUAG